AUGGCCGAUUCCAACCACGACCGCAUACCUCCACUCGGGAAUAAAUCCCAGAGCAUCUCGGCAAUGCGGCUUUUGCCGUACCCGGCCCCCGCCACCAGCCAUCUUCUGCCAUCUUCUGCUGCCCCGGGGCCGUGCCGUGCCAGACCCGCCCAGCCCGCCCAACAGUUGCAGCCCUCCCUGGCUAAGCCUACUCUUUCGACCCCGUCCCUUCUGCCGCUCACAGAGGCCGUCUCGCUGAACGUCAACGACGUCUCGGCCCUCAAGAAUGCAGCCUCCGCCGCACUCACCAACCUCAUGAGCUUCUACACCCCCAACCCCAGCGGCGUCUUCGACCAGGCCCAGACCCCCUGGCAUGAGUCCGGAAUGAUCUGGGGUCUCUUCAUGGACUAUGCCAAAUACACCGGCGACACCCAGUUCCUCGACGUCGUCACCGGGGCCCUCGUCAAUACUUCCUACGGCUCUGAACAAGAUCUUCUCGGUGGAGCAAUGUCUUCGACAGCGGCCACUUUAUUAGGACGAUGGAACGAUGAUAUCCUGUGGCACAGUUUAGUUCCUAUCGGAGGGGCCGAAAUCUACGGCGCUAAUUCCAUCAUGCCGGGCUCUAAGGGUCCAUGGAUAACACUUGCUCAAAAAACAUACGACCAGACCUAUCAACAAUGGGACGACGGAUGUGGUGGAGGAAUCUACUGGUCUCGUGAUCGGAAUGGAGCGUCGGCACCCUACAAGUCUCUGAUCACCCAACUCGAGUUCAUUCAGCAAGGAGCGCGGAACUUCAUGGCCAACAAAAACAACACUGCUUUAGAUCUCUCGAAGGCGGCCAUGGACUGGGUGUUCUCAUCCGGGCUCGGAAACGUGCAAACCGGUGUGCUCUACGACGGAAUGAACGUGGGCGAAUGCGGGAAGUUUACGUCGCAUAUAUGGAGUUACAACUACGGCGCGCUUUUGGGAGCGCUAGCCUGGAUGCACAAGGCCACCGGAAACAACACCUAUCUGGACCUGGUCGCGCCGUUCUACAACUACGCCCAGCUGACGUUCAGCGGCCAGAAGGUGUCGAACGUGGUCACCGAGACCUGUGAGCCGGGGGCGAAAUGCAACCGAGACCAGCAGGGCUUCAAGGCGAUCUAUCUGCGCAACCUAGCGUACACCUAUCGGGAGGCGACGUCCGACCAAGUGAAAGGUGCGAUCAAGUCGACGAUCGAUGCGUCGGUUGCAGCCAUGGUCCAGUACUCAUGCGACGACGAUUGGUUCUGUAACGGCAACUGGACCGCCGAUGCCACCCCUGUCAAAUACGUCCGCUCGCAGCACGUUGCCGCCGCCCUGCUCGUCUCCGCCCUCGGCGUCCAUCUCAGCCCGGAGGGCGGUCUGUUGCCUAAGAUCACCCCCGGCCAGCUCACCGAUACCACUAACGGCGCCGCCGGUCUCGGCUCCGGUGGCACUAAAAACCCCGGCAAAGUCACUAGUAAACCCCUUGCUGCCGCCUCCGGACUCAAGGUCACCUUCUCCUCUAUCUUCCUCGGACUGUUCACGGUCGCAUUCUCUACAUCCAUCUUCGACCCGCUCGCCUUCAUACCUUAA